UAAGAAAUAUAAUAUUUGUGGAUUCUGUAAUGUAGAGGGGGCAAGCUUUAAAAGAGUUAGCCAGGUCAAACAGUUUUAUGUAAUGUAAGAAGUCAUUUCUGUCUUCUGAGAGUUGAAGAGGGGAAUCUCUACAAUGGGUCAACGCCUGAGCGAGGACUGUGACCCAGACAAGGAAAUCGAUGUGGCAGAGCUGCAGGAAUGGUACAAAAAAUUUGUUGUUGAAUGCCCGAGUGGAACUCUCUUCAUGCACGAGUUCAAGAGCUUUUUUGGAGUAACCGACAACAAAGAGGCUGCAGAUUACAUUGAACACAUGUUUCGAGCCUUUGACAAGAACGGAGACAACACCAUUGAUUUUCUGGAGUAUGUGGCAGCCUUGAACUUAGUCCUGAGGGGUAAACUGGAACAUAAGCUGAAAUGGACAUUCAAAAUGUAUGAUAAAGAUGGAAGCGGAUGCAUUGAUAAAGCAGAGCUUCUUGAAAUUGUGGAGUCUAUUUAUCGGUUGAAGAAAGCCUGCCAUGGAGAGCUGGAUGAAGAAUGCAAUCUGAUGAGCCCAGACCAAGUGGUUGACCGGAUAUUUGAAUUGGUUGAUGAAAAUGGAGAUGGGGAGCUCUCGUUGGAUGAGUUCAUCGAUGGAGCACGGAGGGACAAGUGGGUGAUGAAGAUGCUGCAGAUGGACGUCAACCCUAAAGACUGGAUCAGCGUUCGAAGACGCAGUGCUGACUUCUAAGGCCGGAAACAUGGACUGUCAAUCUGAUGUGCAUGCACACACACACACACACACACACACACACACACACACACACACACACACACACUUCAUGUGUGACCGAUCAAGCUGUUAUUUUGUAUGUACUGCAGUUUAUAUGUAUAUAAAGAGAAAACAACAAUCAUCCUUGCAUUUUACUGCUAUGUUCUGAUUGUUCUAAUUAAAGGGGCUACCUGUUCAGUCAGGUCACUGAGCAACAGUAGUUUUCACCUUAUUUAUUGCCAUGUAUGGUGCAAUAGGUUUCUUUAUACAUCUGUAUUUCAUAGACGCUGCAGACAUGAGGCACUUCUUAUUUUGUUUUUUUAUUCAGUUAACAUGUUUUAAAUCUCGACACAACCACAGAGAGGUGU